AUGGUGGCAGAACACCGCGACCAGUAUGACUGGAUUGAAGGAGCAGAGUCGCUCGAAAAGUACAGAGUUGGUGGUUACCAUCCCGUAAUGAUUGGGGAUGUACUCAACAAGCGCUACCAAAUUGUCGAUAAGCUAGGGUAUGGGGGAUAUUCCACUGUUUGGCUUGCGCGUGACGUCGAGCAGAAGCUUUAUGUCGCCCUCAAAGUUGGCAUAUCGGAUUCCAGGCUCCACGAGACCACGAUACUGAGAAGUCUCUCAGACUUAGGCGGUAAAGCUCCAGGUCACAUCUCCUCGGAUCUUGUCGCUUCAUCAGGAUACGAUGCGAUUCCUCCGCUCCUCGAUGAAUUUACUGUGCGCGGCCCCAACGGAACGCACCCGUGUUACGCAACUGCUCCGGCGCAAUGUAAUCUCAGAGAUGCCUCCUUUUAUCACAUGUUCAGAUUAGAAGUGGCGAGGGCCUUGACUGUGAAACUUGUGUCGGCGAUUGCAUACAUGCAUAGCCAGGGCUAUAUUCAUGGAGAUAUUCACCUCGGCAACGCAAUGCUCAAACUUCCCUCCAGUUUGAACAACCUUUCCAUUGAGCAGCUGUACGACAAGUACGGACACCCGGAGACCGUCGACAUAUCCCGCGUCAACGGAGGCCCGCUGCCUCCCAAUGUCCCCAAAAAGGCAGUUCUACCACUUUACCUGGGCAAAAAUGCCAAUGAAAUGUCUCUGGCAGACACGCAGCUAGUUCUCGCCGACUUUGGCGAGGCAUUUGCUCCCGCGUCAAACAUGCGCCCCUGUGAAGACUGUCGAUCACCCUUGGCUGCCCGGCCGCCAGAAGCGCGGUUCGAGCCGCUAUCACCACUUUCAUUUUCUGCCGACAUUUGGAGCCUCGCAGUCGCCAUGUGGAACCUCGUUGCCAUGAAGCCCAUCUUUAGCGACGAGUUCGUCACACCCGACUCCGUGGUCGCGCAGCAAGUGGACGUGUUGGGUCCCAUGCCACCCCGUUGGUGGCAGCGGUGGGAGCAGCGCCAUCAAUUUUUUGAUGAAGCCGGAAAUUCUACACAAGGAGAAGAUGCAUCGCCACCCCUCGGCGAAGCAUUCGAUGCCUGGAUCCAAAAGUACAGGAAAAAGCACAACGUGGGCGUGUUUUCAGAGGACGAAAAGGCCGCAUUUCUACGUUUGUUGCACCGAAUGCUGUCCUUCGAUCCACAGAAUCGGCCAACGGCCAUGGAGGUGUUAAUGUCGGACUGGGUGGUUAACUGGGCAAAGCCGGACUUUGAACGGAGCAUGAAAGAAGUUUAA